GGCAGCGGUGGCUGAGGCCGGGUUUGCUCACAGCAGUGGGGCUGCUGGGCUCUGUCUGUGGGUGUCUGCCCACAGUGGGGGCACGGCAGGCACAGCGGAGGGGCAGGAGGCACCAACUCCCACCCUGGAGGGGCCGGGCACUGCAGGGAGCAGCAGUGUCCUCUCCAAUGGUAACAGCACCUAUUUAUAGCGGCCCCCAGCCCCCCCCCCCGCUGCUUGACACCACACAGCAUGGAAAGUAUUUCUGAGUUCGGCACCAGAGCUGCUGUCCCGGCUGCGUCCCCCCCUGCCCGACCACACUGCCCCCACCCCGGUGUGCCCCACUGCCACUGUGGGGGGUAUGUGUGUGUCUGCUCCACAUCUCGGUGACACCGUGCCCGGGUCGGGGCCGUCCCCGGGGUGGCUGAGCUGCACCGGAGGGGGAACAAACCCCCAAUUGAGCCGCAGGGCAGGAGGAGCCACAAUGCGGCUUUGUGUCCCCGUACCAUCGGGGACGCGGGGCAGAGGCUGACAGCGGGGCCGGGGAUGCAGCCAGACGGCCGCUGCCCGUCCCGGAGGCACUCCUGCAUCGGCUUUGACCUGGAGAAUGGCCCCCCGGGAAGGGGCCCGCUGGAGCCGCAGUGCAGCCCGGGCGCAGGGCUGGUGCUGCAGGGCGCCUUCACCCACGGCCAGCGCCGCGAGUCCUUCCUCUACCGCUCCGACAGCGACUACGACCUGUCCCCCAAGGCCAUGUCCCGCAACUCCUCCAUCGCCAGCGACCUGCACGGAGAAGACAUGAUCGUCACACCCUUCGCCCAGGUCCUGGCCAGCCUGCGCACCGUGCGCACCAACGUGACGGUGCUGCUGCACCUCCAGGAGCGCGUGGGCACCAAGCGGGCGUCGAGCAGCAGCCUCCCCUCCGCCAGCAGGGCCGGCCUGUCCGCAGAGGAUGCUCAGCAGAAGCUGUCGCUGGAGACCCUGGAGGAGCUGGACUGGUGCCUGGAGCAGCUGGAGACGCUGCAGACGCGGCACUCGGUCGGCGAGAUGGCUUCCAACAAGUUUAAGCGGAUGCUGAGCCGGGAGCUCUCACACCUCUCGGAGAGCGGCCGCUCGGGGAACCAGGUGUCUGAGUACAUCUCCAGCACCUUCCUGGACAAGCAGCACGAGGUGGAGAUCCCUCCAGCACUGCCCAGGGAGAAGGAGCGGGAGCGCAGGAAGCGGCCGAUGUCGCAGAUCAGCGGUGUGAGGAGGCCGGCUCACGGCCCCCGCCUUGCUGCCAUCCCGCGCUUUGGGGUGCGCACGGAGCAGGAGGGGCUGCUGGCCAAGGAGCUGCAGGACACCAACAAGUGGGGUCUCGACAUCUUCAAAGUGGCCGAGUACUCAGGAAACCGCCCGCUGACGGUCCUCAUGUACAGCAUCUUCCAGGAACGUGACCUGAUGAAGACGUUCCGCAUCCCCGCCGACACCUUCCUCACCUACAUGCUGACGCUGGAGGACCAUUACCGCACCGACGUGGCGUAUCACAACAACAUCCACGCCGCUGACGUGGCGCAGUCCACCCACGUGCUGCUCUCCACGCCGGCGCUGGAGGCCGUCUUCACUGACUUGGAGAUCAUGGCUGCCAUCUUCGCCAGCGCCAUCCAUGACGUUGACCACCCUGGUGUCUCCAAUCAGUUCCUCAUCAACACCAACUCGGAGCUGGCGCUGAUGUACAAUGAUGCUUCGGUGCUGGAGAAUCACCACCUGGCCGUGGGCUUCAAGCUGCUGCAGGAGGAGAACUGCGACAUCUUCCAGAACCUGAGCAAGAAGCAGAGGCAGUCGCUCCGCAAGAUGGCCAUCGAUAUGGUGCUGGCCACCGACAUGUCCAAGCACAUGAACCUGCUGGCGGACCUGAAGACCAUGGUGGAGACCAAGAAGGUGACCAGCCUGGGGGUGCUGCUGCUGGACAACUACUCUGACCGGAUCCAGGUCCUGCAGAACAUGGUGCACUGCGCCGACCUCAGCAACCCCACCAAACCGCUGGAGCUGUACCGGCAGUGGACCGACCGCAUCAUGGCCGAGUUCUUCCACCAGGGUGACCGGGAGCGAGAGAAGGGGAUGGAGAUCAGCCCCAUGUGUGACAAGCACACCGCCUCCGUGGAGAAGUCCCAGGUGGGAUUCAUCGACUUCAUCGCCCACCCGCUGUGGGAGACCUGGGCCGACCUGGUGCACCCUGACGCCCAGGAGAUCCUGGACACGCUGGAGGACAACCGGGAGUGGUACCAGAGCAUGAUCCCACGCAGCCCCUCCCCACCGCCAGAGCUGGGAUCCGAAGUUCCCCUCGCUGACCCCGGCAAGUCCCAGUUUGAGAUGACGCUGGAAGAGGAGGAGGGAGAGUCGGACACGGAAGCGGAGGGGCCCGAGAGCCCUUUGGAGGAGGACAACAGCGGCUCCAAGACGUCGGCUACGGAUGAUUCGGAGUCAGCCGACACAGAGCGUUUGUCACCUGGCUCCGGGGACCGGGAGGUGGACAACAGGAAAGUGCCGGAGGGGACACUGCCAAAGGACAGGGCUGGUGGUGGGUGCACAGCGCCGGAUCCUGAGAGCGGCAGGGAGCUGUGCCUGGACACGGAGGGCAAUGUCACAUUCCUGCCCCUGGGCACGUAGCGGCCCGGCCGGAGGGUCCCACCGCUGCUGUGGGGAUGUGGGACUGGGCACUGCCCCAGUGAGGGUCGUGGGCACUGCUGGGACUGGCACACGGAGCCCCAGAGGACGUCCCGAUGUGGGAGCCGGGUAGGUCCCAAUGGCAGUGAGGAUAUUGCUCACCCCCUCCCCUGCUUCUACCCUGCAUCCAGCUGCUGGGAAACGUCCCCGUUACCACAGACAGGGCUCGAGGAUUCUGCUCCUGCCCCAUCCCAGCCCUGGGCACAGCAGAGCAGUCCCCACUCAGCACAGUGCAGCCAAAAGCGUUUUGGUGUCACACAGCAUUCGGUGUCCGGGCACCGCAGCACAACGCCGGCUGUGCGCCCACCGAGUCGGAGGUGUUUUUAUUUGGGGACAGCUUCACUUUUUUAAAGCUUUUUGUAGCUCACUUCAUCCUAUCAGCCUCAGCUGGGCGCACACAGCAGGAGCUGCUCUGGCCGCACUCAGUGCUGUUUGGCACCGUGGGCCCCGAUGGAGCGGCCCCGCGACGGUUCGGUUUCUUCCUUCACCCUCCAAAUAUUAAACCUCGUUUGUUUCUCCA